GAUAUGCACUGCACACUGGUUGUCACAAGCGCGGUUUUGUUAGCCAUUUGCACUGAAGCGCAGCCGCCGCCGCCGCCGCCACCCCCGUCGCCUGUAAGAGGACUGGAUUUGCCGGAAAGCGAAGUUCAUUCAUCGAAGCAGGAGACAAAUAAGGACAAAUGUCUGGUUGCUAUCGACGAGGUCACUGACAUCCUCACCCACACAAGGGAAGUGCUGACCGAUGCACAGGGCAAGGAAGGAACAGCGGCGCAGCAUCGGAAUGAUAUCGCCGGGACGGCCGGCAAGGUAUCCGGAAUAAUCAGCCAAGUGAAACAGCUCCGUGAGCAGAGGAAAAUGCAGCUGAUCAAUGCCGCUUCUGAUGAUGUUGCUGCACCAGAAAGCCACGAUCGUUGUCUGAGUGCACUCAGUAACCUGAAGGAGCAGAUCCAGAAAGCAUGCGAGGAGGUAUACAUAUGCGCCCAGGGCAUCGGCGAUGCAAAACUCAUGUUUUCCUACGGACGCCUCAUGGGCGUCAUCAACAAGUGGGAGCGCAUAGGAAAACCGGGGAGCAGCGCAUAA